CAGGCAGAAACGUUUAAACGUGAACUCUGAAGUUGUUCAGGUUAAUUCCCAGAUGAUCCGAGGUUCCUGCCCCUGGUGACGACUUCUCUAUAAAAGUGAAUCCAGCUCCCGGCUUCAGCAGAAGUUGGUUCUCUCUGUGUUUGAUACCUUCACAGAAACUGAAGGUUGAUGGAAAACUUCACGUUGAACAGCGACACCCUGCAGCUGGAGGGGUUAAAGGUCACCCAGGUUUCUGUCUACCCUGUCUUCCUUUUCUUCUUCCUCUCCUACAUCGUCAUCAUCUUAGCAAACAUCGGCAUCCUGGUGCUGAUUUUCAUAGAUAAGAACCUGCACCAGCCCAUGUACCUGCUCUUCUGUAACCUGCCUGUCAAUGACAUCAUGGGAAACUCCAUCAUGGUUCCCCGGCUGCUGUCAGACAUCCUGCGUCCACCCUCCGAGCGCUUCAUCAGCUACAACGAGUGUGUGCUGCAGGCGUUCACCACGCACAUCUACGGCACCACCUGUCACACCAUACUGAUGAUCAUGGCCUUUGACAGAUAUGUGGCCAUCUGUAAUCCUCUGCGUUACGCCGCCAUCAUGACCAGCAACAUGGUGGUCAAGCUGACCGUGUCUGCCUGGGGCGUGGCCUUUGUUCUGGUGGGGAUUCUGCUGGGUUUGACCAUAAGACUGAACCGAUGCAGGACUCUGAUCACGAACCCGUUCUGUGACAACGCCUCGCUGUUCAAACUCUCCUGUGAGAGUGUGUUUAUUAAUAACAUCUACGGCCUCACCUUCACCGUGGUCCUGUUCUCAGCUUCUAUCGGCAGCAUAGUUCUCACCUACGCUAAGAUCACAGUCGUGUGUGUGACCAGUAAAAACCAGUCUCUGAACACUAAGGCCCUAAGGACCUGCAGCACUCACCUGUGUCUGUACCUGAUCAUGUUGUGUAGUGGAAUGAUUAUAAUUAUUCUGCAUCGCUUCCCUCAGUACUCCGACUACAGGAAGCUGUCGGCCAUUCUGUUCCACGUGAUCCCCGGCAGCUUGAACCCCGUCAUCUACGGAGUCCAGUCCAGAGAGAUACGAACGUUUCUGUCUAAACUGAUUCACUCCAGGAAAGUCUCAUAAUUCUCUCAUAAACACAGUGAAGUUCAAAAUAUAUCAUUUAGAGGAAACCUGCGUCUUCUCUGUUUUUAUCUUUUCAUCAAUGAACCUUUUGUUUAAAGUUAUAAUGA